AUGACUUCUGUCGGAACUGUAGGUUCACAAUCUAUGUUUAAUGACUCGGAUAAAGAAAAUGCAAUGGACAUUGUAAAUGAUGAACAAGAGGGAGACGAAUCGGUUGCAUCUUCCGCAAUACUCGAUGAAAUUCUUGGGAGUAAUUCCUACGAUCCAGAUCAGGACAAAGACGAAAAACGAUGGUUGCGAAGAGAGUAUAGAAAUCUUAUAAAUUCUACAGAAGAGAACAGACUAGAGUACCUGAGAUCUGAAUCGGAUGGUCUCUCCAACAAUAUUGCAAAGGCAAAUGAACUGCAUCAGAGAGUCAAGAAUACGCAUGAAGCGACACUAGAUUCGCGCCUUUUAGUAUUGACAAGUGAUCUGGGAGUACAAAAAGCUCGUCGUAUGAAAUUGGAUAACAAUUCUUUUGAUGUUGAUAAUUAUGUGUCAAAAUUAAUUACAUUUAUGGGCGGCAGACAAUUAGAUAGUGAUGUUCCGGAUUUGGAUUGGAAAUCAAUUGGAAGAUUAGCUGCAAAAUUUACGAAUCGGGUGCCAGCAAGUGAUUUUAUGCUUGGUCCUCUUUCUGUUGAAACUAAAGAGCGUGAAAAAAAAAUACGACAUUCCUUGAAUAAAGAUAAAAAUGCCAUGAGAGAACCUCAACAGCUAAAAGAAAAGGAUAUCGAAAGACAAGAGAAUGAGACGACAAGAAAUGUUAAAAUGAUUUUUGACAUUUUGGGCGAAGAACAGCCGAUAAAUUUCUUUGUAUUUAUCAUUAAUCCUGAAUCCUUUGGUCAAACUGUUGAAAAUUUAUUUUAUUUGUCGUUUUUGGUACGUGACGGCAAAGUAAAUAUAGAUGAUGAUGAAUCUGGACAACCUGUUCUAACAUUAUGUGAACCACCGACUGCUGACAAUUACGCAGAUGGUUUAAUUAAAAAACAAUUAGUGAUGGAAAUUGAUAUGAGUACAUGGCGGGAGCUUGUUGAAGUAUAUGAAAUUAAAGAAUCUGUUAUUCCAACACGAAUUAGUCGUCAACCAACUACUGGAAAAUGGCUAGGAUAA